AUGCCCCUCCCAGAAGCCAGCGACUUUCCCACGUCUCUCAAUCCCACAAUCCACCUCCCUCCCAACACCACGCCGACCAAUGUGAUCCUGUUCCUGCCCGGCUUGGGCGACAACGCCUCAAACUUCUUCUCGUUCCCUCGUGCCCUGAACCUUCCAGACGCACUGACAAUCACCCUCAACCCUCCGUUCCCCCUCCCCGUCCCGCUGGAUCCUGACGGCACGUCCCAUUCCUGGUCCGACGAUCUUCACGUCGAUGCGAGCACAGGGUCUCUCGACGCCGACCCGGACUCAUCACCCACGAGUCGUGCCGUCGACCUCGUCGCCCGCGACGUCAUCCACGACACCCUGAUCGCCAAACAAGGCUACCGGCCGGACCACAUCCACGUCUUUGGGUACGGGCAAGGAGGCUCCGUGGCCCUAGCGGUGCCGUUGCACGCGUCACUGUCGUCCCUUUCCCUGGGAGGGGUCAUGGCCAUUGGCGGAAUGUUGCCUCUAUCCCUUCCCGCCCCAAGCAAAACGACAAACAGGACUCCCGUCUUGCUCCUUUCGGGUUCGAACUCGCCGCUUGCGGCUGCCGACUCGAGCUCCUUGAAACGUGUCAAGGGCGUCUUCGAGUUCGUCACCUACCAUCGGUGGAAGAAGGCCGGCGACACGAUGCCCAAGAACAGGGAAGAGGUGUUGCCCAUGAUGCAAUUCUGGGCGCGGUGCCUCAAGAGCAGAAGAGGCGUGCCCGAUGACGCAGUUCAAGUCAGCUAA